AUGAAGCCUGAUUUUUUCUUGUUACCUAUGUCCUGUUAUGUAUACAUUCAUUUCUUCACCUUAACCUUAGUGUGGUUUGGUCCAAACAGAACUAUGGCAUUAGAAUUAGGAAACCAAACAGACCAUUUGGCUCUGCUCCAAUUCAAGAAAUUAAUAUCUAGUGAUCCAUAUGGUAACCUAGGUUCUUGGAAUAAUUCAAACCACUUUUGCAAAUGGCACGGAAUCACAUGUAGUCCCAUGCGUCAAAGAGUUACAAGGUUGACGUUGCGAGGAUCCAAAUUGCAUGGAUCCAUUUCUCCAUGUAUUGGAAAUCUGUCUCAUCUGAGAUACCUCAAUCUUGGAAACAACGUCUUCUAUGGAAACAUUCCACAAGAACUUGGUUGUUUGUCAAGAUUAAGGUAUCUAAUUUUACUCAACAACUCGUUUGUCGGAGAGUUUCCUAUAAACUUGACAAAGUGCUCUGAGCUUAAAAGCGUAUAUUUAGCAGGAAAUAAUCUUAUUGGCAAAAUACCUAGCCAAAUUGGCUCUCUUCAAAAGCUUCAAAGUUUCUACGUGGGAAGAAACAAUUUAUCUGGAAAAAUACCUUCAUCCAUAAGGAAUCUUACAUCCCUUUCUAUUUUUUCGAUCAGUUUCAAUAACUUGGAGGGAAAUUUUCCACAUGAAAUGUGCUUCCUAAAAAAGUUGAAGGCUAUAGCCGUGCAGGUCAACAAAUUGUCUGGUACAUUUCUUUCCUGUCUUUAUAAUAUGUCAUCUCUUAAAGUGAUUUCAACUGCAGCCAAUGAAUUUAAUGGUUCUCUUCCACCCAAUUUGUUCCACACUCUCCCCAAUCUCCGAUAUUUUGCAAUCGGAGGAAAUCAAUUCUCAGGUCCAAUCCCUACUUCCAUUGCAAAUGCUUCUAUUUUGGCAAUAUUUGAUAUAAGUCAAAACCAUUUUGUUGGACAAGUUCCAAGUCUAGGGAAGCUACAAAGUCUUUUGGAGAUAUAUAUGGCUGCAAACAAUCUAGGUUACAAUUCAACUAAGGAUUUAGAGUUUUUAAAAUCGUUGACAAACUGUAGUAAGUUGCAAUCGAUCACAUUAUUCGGAAAUAAUUUUGGAGGAAGUUUGCCAAGUUCUGUUGGCAAUCUAUCCACCACAAUUAGUCAACUAAAUUUAGGGAGCAAUCAAAUACACGGAAAAAUUCCUACCGAAUUAGGAAAUCUAAUUAACUUGAGUCUCUUGAACAUGAUAGAUAACCUCUUGGAAGGAACAAUUCCAACUACUUUUGGGAAGUUUCAAAUGAUGCAAAAGUUAAUAUUGGUUGGAAACAGAUUAUCAGGGAAUAUACCAUUCUUCAUAGGUAACCUCACUCAAUUGUAUGGUUUGGGACUAGAUGAAAAUAUGUUAGAAGGGAACAUUCCUCCAAAUAUUGGAAAUUGUCGAAAUCUACAAUACCUAGGCUUUGCACAAAACAACCUUAGAGGAGUCAUACCCUCGGAGAUUUUAAGUAUUUCGUCUUUAACAAAUUUUUUAGACUUGUCACAGAACUCAUUGAGUGGUAGUUUGCCAAAAGAAGUCGGUACUCUAAAGAAUAUCAAUUGGUUAGAUGUCUCUGAGAAUCAUUUGUCAGGGGUCAUUCCAGAAACCAUUGGUGAAUGCAUAAGCUUAGAAUAUCUUAAUUUGAAAGGGAACUCCUUCGAAGGAAUCAUACCGUCCUCAUUGGCAUCUCUCAAAGGUCUUGAAAAAUUAGAUUUGUCUCGAAAUCACUUGUCUGGUCCAAUUCCAAAAGUUUUGCAGAAUCUUUCUAUUCUCGAGUACUUCAAUGUUUCUUUCAACAUGUUGGAAGGCGAGGUACCAAUUGAAGGUGUCUUUCGAAAUGCAAGUGGUAUAGUAGUGAUCGGUAACAAUAAGCUCUGUGGAGGUAUUUCAAAGCUACAUCUACCGCCGUGCCCUGUCAAGAGUACGAAACCUGCAAAAAACCAUAAGUUUGUGUUGAAGGUUGUGAUUGUUAGUGUGGUUGUUUUUAUUCUAUUGUUGGCAUUUAUUACAAUUGUCUAUUGGAUAAGAAAAAGAAACAAGAAACAAUCUUCAGAUUCACCAACAAUUGACCAACUAGCUAAGAUUUCAUACAAAGACCUUCAUCAAGGAACCGACGGGUUCUCAGAUAGAAACCUCAUUGGAUCAGGAAGUUUUGGUUCUGUGUAUAAAGGACGUCUUGUGUCAAAGGAUAAAGAUGUUGCGGUAAAGGUCGUGACGCUACAAAAGAAGGAAGCUCAAAAGAGUUUUAUUGCCGAAUGUAAUGCACUAAAAGGUAUACGACAUCGAAAUCUUGUUAAGAUUCUAACAUGUUGUUCUAGUAUUGAUUACAAAGGUCAAGAAUUUAAAGCUCUAGUUUUCGAUUACAUGACAAAUGGAAGCUUAGAAGAAUGGUUGCACCCAAAGACCGAGAAUGUAGAGCUUUUGAAAACAUUAGAUUUUCGUCAAAGGUUGAAUAUGAUUAUCGAUGUUGCUUCUGCAUUACAUUAUCUUCAUCGUGAAUGUGAGCAAAUGAUCGUUCAUUGUGAUCUAAAGCCAAGCAAUAUCCUUCUUGACGAUGACAUGGUUGCACAUGUGAGCGAUUUUGGAAUAGCAAGACUUGUCUCUUCCACUGAUGUUACCUCUCGUGAAGAAACUAGUACAAUCGGAAUAAAAGGGACUAUUGGAUAUACUCCUCCAGAGUAUGUAAUGGAUUCUAAAGUUUCUACAUCCGGCGACAUGUAUAGCUUUGGGAUAGUUAUAUUGGAAAUGCUUACCGGAAAAAGACCAACAGAUGAAAUGUUUCGAGACAGUCAAAAUAUGCAUAACUUUGUUGCAACUUCAUUUCCUGAUAAUUUAGCACAAAUUUUGGACAAACACAUUGUUCCAAGAGAUGAAGAAGCAACAAUAGAAGAUAGAAACAAUCAUCAACUUAUGCUAACUGUGGAGAAGUUAGUAGUUUCACUUAUUCGAAUUGGACUUGCUUGUUCAAUGGAAUCUCCAAAUGAAAGAAUGAAUAUAGAAGAUGUUACUAGAGAGCUAAACAUAAUCAGAAAGGACAAUAGAAGCACUUAAGUGGAGGUGCUUUUCAAAAUGGGAUAAAGCAGUGAUUUGACUUAUUGGAGUGAAAUAGAGAUAGUCAUUAGAGUUGGUUAAUAGUGUUUUGUAUUUCAGUAUGAAUUGAUUUACGACUGGUUUAUUUGAAUUCAAGUGUUUGUUUAUCUACCGUCUUAAAUUUCAAUUGUAGAGGUUGAGAUU